AUGGCUUCAACGAAUAUGACAGUGAAUCCUAAAAGGGCUUAUGUUACAUUUCUGGCUGGAAACAAAGAUUACUGGAAAGGUGUUGUUGGUUUAGCCAAAGGACUUCGUAAGGUGAAAUCGGCUUAUCCUCUUGUGGUGGCCCUUCUCCCUGACGUGCCUGAGGAACACCGUCAGAUCUUGGUGGCUCAGGGAUGCAUCCUCCGUGAGAUUGAACAGGUCAUUCCCCCGGAAAACAAAGUUGGUUAUUCCAUGGCUUAUUUCGUCCUCAACUACUCCAAGCUUCGUAUUUGGGAGUUUGUGGAGUUUGAGAAGGUGAUAUAUCUAGAUGGAGACAUACAAGUGUUUAGUAACAUCGAUCAUCUUUUCGAUUAUCCUUCCGGCUACUUGUACGCCGUUAAGGAUUGCUUCUGCGAGAUAUCUUGGUGCAAUACUCGUCAAUACCAGAUUGGCUACUGCCAACAGUCACCGGAAAAAGUGACGUGGCCUGUGGAAACCCUUGGUUCUCCACCUCCAGUGUAUUUCAACGCUGGUAUGUUAAUGUUUGAACCAAAUCUCGACACUUACGAGGAUCUCCUUCGAGUUGUUCAAAUCACUACUCCAACUUGUUUUGCCGAACAGGAUUUUCUGAAUGUCUACUUUAGAGACAUUUACAAGCCCAUCCCUUCGACAUACAAUCUGGUAUUGGCUAUGAUUUGGCGUCAUCCUGAACAUGUUGACCUUGACCAAAUUAGCGUUGUUCAUUACUGUGCAAAUGGUUCCAAGCCUUGGAAAUAUGACGAAAGUGAACAACACAUGGACCGUGAAGACAUCAAAAUGUUGGUUAAAAAAUGGUGGGAGAUUUAUGAAGAUUCGAGUUUGGACUACAAAAACUUUGUCGAGAUUGAGUCUAAGCUGAAUCCGAAUCCCACCAUAGCGGCCUUAGUUUCCAAUGAAUCUGGUGGAGAUGCCUUUACGAACCUUGCCCCCUCUGCUGCAUAA